UAUUUAGUGAAUACUAAUAAAAUGAAAAACAGUCAAAAAAAUAAAAAGAAGACCAUAAAUUCAUAACCCCUCUUCCUCUAGAAUCUCCAUUUUCAUUUCGUUUCUUCGCAUCCAAACACGCCUCACCUACACCCAAUUCAUAAAUUGAAAGCUUGUACGGAAUUAAUUACCCAAAUCGAAGAAUAAAGAUCGUGUAUUCGGUCUCUGUGACCUGCCCAUGGCUUGGCGACGCUUAAUUACUCAGGUUUCAAGGCAUCAAUCAGAGUUGAGACAAUGCAAAAAUCUGCUUGCUGGAACAUCUUUUCCUGUUAACAAGUUUGGAGGUAGUGCAGGAAAUGGAUUUUUAAACACUCAAAGUAGGUUUAGGUCUAGCUAUGUGGGUAGCUUUGCUCGCAGAGUGCGUGAUACAGAUGAAGCAAGUGAGAUUGCACAGCUUCAAGAACUUUACCAUCAAAAUGAUCCUGAAGCAGUGAUAAGAAUAUUUGAAAGUCAAUCGUCGUUGCAUAGUAACCCUUCAGCGAUUUCUGAAUAUGUUAAGGCAUUGGUCAAAGCUGACAGGCUUGAUGGCAGUGAGUUGCUCAAGACCUUGCAGAGAGGCAUUUCUGGCUCAGCAAGGCAGGAAGAAAGCAUUGGAGGUCUUUCUGCUUUAAGAAACAUGGGAAAAUCAACAAAAGAUGGGAUGCUUGGUACUGCUGCUGCACCUAUUCAUAUGGUGGCAUCAGAAGGAGGUCAUUUUAAAGAGCAGCUGUGGCGUACUGUUCGUACUAUCGCUCUAGCGUUUCUAGUGAUUUCUGGUAUAGGAGCACUUAUUGAGGAUAGAGGAAUAAGCAAAGGACUUGGUCUGCAUGAGGAGGUGCAACCCAGCAUGGAAUCUAACACAAAAUUUAGUGAUGUAAAGGGAGUUGAUGAGGCAAAGCAAGAGCUAGAAGAAAUUGUUCAUUAUCUUCGAGAUCCAAAGCGCUUUACUCGUCUAGGUGGCAAGCUCCCAAAAGGUGUUUUACUCGUAGGCCCACCUGGCACCGGUAAGACUAUGUUAGCUAGAGCUAUUGCUGGUGAAGCUGGAGUUCCUUUCUUCUCAUGCAGCGGGAGUGAGUUUGAGGAGAUGUUUGUUGGAGUUGGAGCCAGGAGGGUGAGGGAUCUUUUUUCUGCUGCAAAGAAGCGGUCACCAUGCAUCAUUUUUAUUGAUGAAAUAGAUGCUAUCGGGGGAAGCCGUAACCCUAAAGAUCAACAGUAUAUGAAGAUGACUUUGAAUCAGUUGCUUGUUGAAUUAGACGGCUUUAAGCAAAAUGAAGGAAUUAUUGUGAUUGCAGCUACAAAUUUUCCAGAAUCACUGGACAAGGCCCUGGUGAGACCUGGACGGUUUGACCGCCACAUUGUCGUUCCUAAUCCAGAUGUAGAAGGAAGGCGUCAGAUUAUGGAGUCCCACAUGUCAAAGGUCUUGAAGGGUGAUGAUGUGGAUUUAAUGAUCAUAGCGAGAGGGACUCCUGGGUUUUCAGGAGCUGAUCUUGCGAACUUGGUAAAUAUUGCUGCUCUCAAGGCUGCAAUGGAUGGUGCUAAGGCGGUAACCAUGGCUGAUCUGGAAUAUGCAAAAGACAAAAUCAUGAUGGGAAGUGAACGCAAGUCGGCUGUAAUAUCUGAUGAGUCGAGAAGGUUAACAGCUUUUCAUGAAGGCGGGCAUGCCCUUGUGGCAAUUCAUACUGACGGCGCUCUUUCAGUUCACAAGGCAACAAUUGUUCCUAGAGGCAUGUCUCUUGGCAUGGUAGCGCAAUUGCCUGACAAAGACGAGACUAGUAUAUCCCGCAAACAGAUGCUUGCUCGGCUUGAUGUCUGCAUGGGAGGGCGGGUUGCGGAGGAGCUUAUCUUUGGAGAAAAUGAAGUUACCUCAGGGGCAUCUUCCGAUCUCCAACAAGCUACUAGUCUUGCAAGAGCAAUGGUUACUAAGUAUGGCAUGAGUAAGGAAGUCGGUGUUGUCACCCACAAUUAUGACGAUAACGGAAAGAGCAUGAGCACUGAGACGAGACUUCUUAUCGAGCAAGAAGUAAAGAAUUUUCUCGAAAGGGCUUACAACAAUGCAAAGACAAUUCUGACCACCCAUAGCAAGGAGCUUCAUGCACUGGCUAAUGCUUUGCUCACCCAUGAAACACUCACAGGGACUCAAAUUAAAAGUCUGCUUGCGCAAGUAAACUCCCAGCAGCCGCAGCAACAACAGAAGCAGCAACCGAUAAUUGCAACACCGCAAUCGAAUCCUGUGCCUCCUUCGACUCCUAGUCCUGCAGCAUCUGCAGCGGCAGCUGCAGCUGCUGCUGCUGCAACUGCAGCCGCGAAAGCUAAAGGUGUUGCUCCUGUCGGAUCUUGACGGAAAGAGGGUAUUGCUAUUGGCUAUCAAUUUGAUUCGAUGUGCAUAUAGUGAUUGACUAGCAAGACGUUACUAUGUCCAAUUGUAGCUUGUUUGCUGCCGGAAAAUUUUGUUUGUGCAUCAUUGUGAGUCUUGAUUUAGAUUGACCACAAGCUGUAUACGAUUUACGGCAGUAAGAAAAUCAUGCCAAAUGUAGCAGUUAUGUAAGAGCACAUGGGUGAACGUCCACAGCGGAGACCUUUUUUUUCUUUUUCAUUUUACGGACUUUGCUUAUACAGUUUCAAUAAAUAUCAAAUUUAGGCAGAAAAGAACUUUUGUUUUUA